CUUAAUAAUAGUGGGUUAUUAUUUUAUGUAAUAUAUGAAUAAUAUCUGUUAACCAAUCCAUCGGUAUCUAAUUGAGCUGAAAUCUGCAUAGGAUCAAACUUUUAAUGUAAGUUGUACAGAAGUAUGGGGUAAUUUGAACAGGAUGAAUGCAUACAUGCUGUUAAUAAUGGUUUGGGUUCCUAUAAUGAUUACUUGUAGAAAAAGGAUAUUUUCCCUUUACUAAAUUAAAUUUUGGGGAGAUGGUGAUGAUAGGUUUGCAGAUAAAAAAAAAUUACAGGUAUCAGAAAGUAAAAUUAUUGGGUGUUUCUAGUUUGUGAUUUUAGGUCAUAUUGCUGACAGUACUUCUGAUAGUAAAAACAACAUAGAUGUUUUGUAUGAAAACCAAUAAACAGAUGCUUCAUUUAAUUUACCUUCUGUACAUUGAGGAUAUUGGUUCUUGGAACCUUGUCUUUGAUUAUUAUAAAAAUUGCAAUAUCUAGUGAGUAAUGUUUUGAACAGUUAUCUAUUUGGAUGAUGUAUCUUUUGGUGAAUUGGUACUGUAUUGUAAUAUAGUUAAUUUUCAUUUAAAAGAUUGCUUGCAAAGAAGAAAAAUUACUCAGAGUUCAUUUGUAAGAAUAUUAUUAUUGGUUACAUUCUAUCAAAGAAAACUUGGAAAGCACUUAAAUGGAGAAUUGGAUGAUUUGUAGCAUAAUUAGGCACUACAUAUAACUUGAUGCACCUUCUACAAUUGGUGAAUUAUUAAGUUAAACAAUGCUUUCUUUUUUCUCUGAUCUAAAUAAACAAAGCACCUCAGUGUGUUUAUGCCAGCAAGGCACAGUUUUCCAGUGAUGGGCUUUUGUAAUCUAAUUGUGCAAUCAUUUUUGUUUUGUAUGCAGUAAAAACAAAAUGUUUCACAUAACUAGAUAAUUUUAAGGAUGGAAGGCUUGGAUCAAUUAGGAAACAUGAUUAUAAAAAAAGAUACUGGCUAAAACAUCUGUAAGCAUAUUAGAACAAGUAUUAAAAAAUGGCGGCAUCUUACAUCUGAACAUGACUCUAAAUUUUCAUGAAUUUGUUUUCUAGUAUACCUUUACCUGAAGAUUUUGGGAAAGUGUGGAAGCUGGGAAUAAGAAGUCAUUUAUGUUGCCAAUGUGUGAAGCAGUCCUAAUGCAGAGCAAACUGGGUGAUGCCUCAGAAGGUGAAGAUGACAUGAUAUACGGAGAUUUGGGAAAUGGAUUGAAAAAACAUAGUGAUAUUUAUGAACCAGAAGGCAUCCACAAUUAUACAGUUAGGUCUAGAAGUGGUUCUGUAAGAAAGAACUUGCCAAAUGAUGGAGAAGAAUAUGGUGCAGUGUUUUUUCAUUGUUCAAAAUGUAACAGUUUGAAUAAUGUGCCAGUCAAAAAUAUUGGAAUGAAUGGAUUUGCUCACCUCAAACGACAAGCCAGUUCUGAGUCUAAUUUUGAGACAUCAAAUGAAGAAUUAAAGCAACAUCUGCAAGAAAUUUUAGAGGAAGUAGAGAUUUUAAGAGUGGAAUUGGAAGCAUCUCAAAGACAACUUGAAGGCAAAGAGCAAGCUUUAAAAAUUCUGCAGAGCAUGGCUGUUUUGGAGAAAGCUACUACUCAUACUAAAGCAGUAUUUAUAAAAACAGAGCAGCAAAAACGAGCUUUAGAAAAGGAAAUAAAUGUUCUGCAGUGGGAGAUCAAAAUUAAUGAGGAAAAAUUAAAAAAUGUAGACGAGAUCUGGGCAGAGAAAUACGAGAGAAUUUAUUGUGAAAAUGCUGCAUUUAAAGAAACACUUAAAUUGAAAACUGAAGAAAUUAAACUAGUGAAGUCUGAGAACGAACUUUUAGAGCAACAGCAUUUGGAGAUGAUUGCGAUGCUUGAUAUAAAGCAGCAGAAGUUUGUUCAAGAUAGUAUGUCUCUUAGCAAGAGUGGUGUUACUGAGGUUACAGGACUUGAAUUGGCAGUACUUGGAGCCUGCGCUUGCAAUGGCCCAGAAGGAGAACCCUGUUCCUGUGCCAAGAUGUCAGCAGCAACUCGAAAGCAACUUCUUCAACUCAAGCAAGAGUUUGAACUUCUGAAGAAGAGUAAAGAAGAAGCUUAUAUAAUGGCAGAUGCCUUCAGAAUAGCUUUUGAGCAGCAGCUGAUGCGGAGGAAGGAGCAGGCUUUCAGGCUUGCACAGAUGAGUAAGAUCUGCAGAAAAGAAACUAAAACAGUAAAGUGGAAAAGCACCAAAGAAGAUGAAAAAAGAAAAAGCCUGGGAGAAAAGCUGAUGGGCAUGCUCGCUUCUGGCACUGAUAGUAAGAAAGUAGAAGAACUAGAUAAUCCACUGGAGAUCAUUAGGACGCUAAUAGACCUGCUGAAUGAUAAGGAGGAGAUGUUGGCUCAUCAAAGGAAGGUUAGUUAUAUGCUUGCUCGUGCAUUGGAAGAUAAAGAAGAUACUUUACAGCAAAAGAAAGAAAAUACAUUUUCAGAGGAAAACUUUACUUUUAAGAACAACCAGUGCAAAAAAGAGUUAAAACCCCAAUGGAUUUUUCCUGAAUGUUCAUGUUGUCAAACAUACACUGCUCAGGAUGGCUUUUCUUCAGCUUCCAAUACAUACCCCAACAGAAUGCCAAAUUCUCAUUCCAUAGGAUCUAAGGAAAAUAAACACAACUUCAAAGAAACUGCUAAUAUGAAGUAAGAUACUGCUUUUUAGGAAAAUGUAGAUCUAGGAGGAAAACAAUGACAAGAACUUCCUUAACAUUUUCCUUCGUAAUUUAGGACUCUUAAACUCCAUCUGUGCUCCACUGGACAUACGGAACUUUUAAAGGAGUGGACUUCUUCAUGACUUCCAUAUCAGGGACAGGCCUAUAAACAGAAAUGCAAAACUGCUCAUUAAAUGGAAGGCAGAAGGAAAAGCUGAAAAUAUCCAAGGGUUUGUGUAUCUGUGGAACACCUGCACUGAACUGUAAUUCUGCCAUAAUUCAGGAAACGAACUAUAAAAUUACUUUAAGCAUAUUUUACCAUUUAAGUAACUUAAAAUUUAUAGAAAAUAAGGAAAUGUACAAUUUAUUAUAGUUGGAUUGUAUUCAGCAGUCUCCAUCUGUGAACAGAAGGCCUUAUUCCAUUUUUCUAAAGACUUCUUGUGGUUUCUGAUCUCACAGAGUGCUUUGCUAGCAGAACCAACUAAUGCCCCCUCUGCGCACAUCUACCACACUCCUGCUGCAUGCUUUCUCUGUUCCCUGAAAACAAGACAGACAUUUUUAAUUACUUUCUCAUCUGAUUCUUCUAAGCUGGCCCUUUAAGCUGGUUCCUUGUCAAGACUCUUUCCACAGGCUAGAAACCAUUUUUGUGUGCGCGUUCAUCCUUUUGCAUGCUGUUUUCUUUUCAGCAGAGAGCAUUUUCUCUUUUUUCAGACCUGUCUGAUGCAGCUCUGAAAGUUUUCUUUUGCUGCUCUUUCUUUUUGUAUUAGCUUCUUGUAUCUAUGCUGUUCCUCAGUGGCAGAAAACUAGAAAGAAGCUUUUGCCUUAAUCAAGGCUUGCUAAUUCCCUCUUAAACUGUCUCUCCUUGCAAUUAUGUAGCAUGAAAGGGAAACAUUUCACUUUCCAGAUGUAGUUAGACUCCCAAGUCCUGUCAACUCCAGACAUCACAGACUAUGUUUGUGUGUGAUGAGAAUUAAAGGCUGUAGUUUCUCACCCUUGAACAUAUUUUAUAGCUCAAGUAACUUUCUUUUUGAAAAUUAUGAAGGAACAUUCUAGAAUUUUCAUUAAAAUUCAAUCAUUUACUAAUUUAUUUGCAGCAAUGAAUGAUUGCUGAGAUAUUUUUCAUUUGGAUAAAUGUCUGCUUAUUGAUUUUCAUUUCUUCUGGACCACAUUUUCAUAGGAUACAGACAGACAAAAUUGCUACAAAUUGCAUCUCUUCAUUGAACAAGAGAAGGCAUAAUGGGAUUCAACCUGAUCUCCAUAGAAAGUUCCCUGCCUUGUGCAGGUAUAUAUGUGAAAGAAUGAUUGCAUGAUCAGAUGAAAUCUUUUGUCUUAGAAAAUGUGGAGGUCUUUUAUACAUUAACCCACAUUUGUGUAAAAUAUUAAUCUGUACACUAUAUACAGUAUGUACAAACUACAUAUAUAAAAAAACACUGCAUGUGAUCAUUUCUUCACCAGAUUUCCAUAUCAGAAAGUUGGAGCACGAUGGCAGCUAACUUGGAAAUGUGUGCACAAUAUAAAUUUGUGUCGUGUUCACAUUGGAUGUCUGUUUAGUGCAUACAGACAAAUGCUGCAUGUAUGAGUGAGUGGGUGAUAUGAUACAGGGUUUCUUUUCUUGAAAAUAUCAAAUUUAUGGAAACAUGGUCUAUAUUUUGUUCCAGUGGGUAGGUUCACAUAUUGCAUUAAGCCAUGGUUUACUUUUAGCCAUAUUUUUAGUAAGUCCAUAGUUUACAAACCAUCGUGACUAGGUUCAUAUAGCACACUAAGCUAAUCCCAAUUCACAUAAAACAGAUAAGUAAACCCAGCCUUCUUCUGUCAUCACUGAUUUUGUAUUUGGAAGUCUUGCCUGUUAAUAGUUAUGUUGCAUGUAUAUGUUGCCACAGUAAUUUGAAUUUCUCUUGUAAUGCUUCUUAAAUAUUUUCUGUAAAUUGAAAUGUUUAACUUUAUAUAGAAACAUCUCCAAAAUCUUUAAGAUAAGCGAUUAUAAUUUUUUUUGAACAGUGGAUGUAUCUAAAAAUUUUAGAGUAUAUGGUGGGCAUUCUAAUAAAAUGAUUGUCACUCUAGGGCUUGCUCAUACACAAAAUAUCUCCCAUGGUAAGCAUGACCAAAAAUAAAUACUGAGAGGC